AUGCACGGCUCCGGAGUUCGUUUCGCGAGCGGAUCAGUCAAUUCGAUAUCUGCGCAGGAGUGUGGGCUUGUCUCCAGCGACAAACUCCAGCGUGGUGGGGGCGUCCUGCACGUCGACUCGGGAAGAAAACACCAGCGGCAGCACAGCUUGCCGCGGUACGUGGCGAAGGCCUUCUUGGUUGCUUCUGCUAUUGUGGUUGCUGCUAUGCUGGUCAUCGCCCACCAGGGGAAGGGAUGGACCGCAAGUGGAGCGGUGCUGCCACCCCAUGGCAACGAUAGGGCGACUACGACAGCGACUGCUUCGGUCCCACGCGGUAACAGCAGGGGACGAUUCAGGUCGGAAGGUCUCCAUGGCCAGAAUGACCGCGAACACCUCGAUGCACCUUCAAUCCCAGCCUCUUCUCGGGCACCCUCUAGCGUGUCAAGGGCUCUGGGCGACGUGGCUAUAACCACGACAGCUCCUGCUUCGGGUGGCGACGGUGAUGGUGGUGGAGGUGCUGCUUCGACGCAGGAAAAGAGGGCACGAAUCGGCUACUUGAUCAUGUCUAGCGGGACCGAAGAACUCCACAAGACGAAACGUCUACUCAAGGCCAUUUACGAUCCGAACAACUUCUACUUGGUGCACCUGGACCGUAAGGACAAACACUCUAUCCGGAGAGAUUUCGAGAAUUUCAUCGAGGAAUGGGACAACGUCAGGAUGCUUGAACCCGCUCUGGACGUGUCGUGGGGCGGCUACACCAUCACUCUCACCGCCAUUUUUGGGAUAUGCACCAUGGUGCAAUGGAAUGACGAGUGGGACUUUUUCAUCAACCUUUCUGCUUCAGAUUUCCCGCUUCUUCCUCAGUCCGAACUGACUACCGUGUUGGGCAAGUACGCGGAUGUGGGGAUGAACUUUGUUUCAGGCGAACCCCUCAACGAGAGGAACAGGGCAGAGGUGCUCAUCGACGAUCAGGGCCUCUACCGUGAAAAGCAGUCGUCAAAGGCAGGCAGACCCCUCAAGGUCGGCAAGGCUCGACUUCCCCCGAGCAAGUCCAUGUUCACCGUCUACAAAGGAGAGUUCUGGGUGAUCCUUCACCGGUCUUUCUGCAAAUACCUUGAGGCGUCACCAGACAACGUCGCUCGCUCACUGCAGGCAUACUUCUCGAAGUUCCGCAUUUCCGACGAGAGCUAUUUCCAGACCGUGCUUUGCCAUCCUCUGGCGCCGAGCUUCCUUGUUCAACCGGCAGAGAAGGUACCGAUCGUGUGCUUGGCUACCAAACGGUUGUCGUGCAGCUUCACGGACAAUCUUCGUUUCGUAUCGUGGCCUGAUGUGAUCGAGGGCCACUAUGUAUUGCACCCGGACCCCAUCACGGGUGGUGCAAGUGGUAACGUCAACGUCGCCAUGGACAGUGGCGCCUUGUUCGCCAGAAAGUUCGACACAAAGGUGUCUCAAGAGGCGUACACCGUGCUCGAGAAAAGCCUGAGCGAGCCAAACCCCGGGCGCCUUGCUCGGGCUGCCAAUCGGCUCAAUCCGGCUGCCGCCGUCACUGGGAGGAAAAAAUUCUGCUUCAUACCCGACGGGUACAGCAUUCAAGAGGUGCUAUCCCGCCCCCCGAAGAAGGCCAUGGGCAUGCACCAGGACAGAUCCGACGGCAGCAGCAGCAACAGAAACCGAGGCGGUUCUUCUUCACCUCCUGCUGUUGGUAAGGAUCAACUUCAGCGCCAGCCCAGUUUUCAAACGAGAGAGGCGAGGGAGGGAGAAGGCGGCAGCGAGCCUUGACGGAGUACACGAACCGACCAGUUGUGGCGAGACUUAUUCAAUGACGGCAGAAGCCCUUGAGAGCUGGCUCCCAUGGUACCAUGCCUGCCUGCCAUACCUCUGAAGCGAGUUGAGGAAAGGGGCCGAGCAAAGGCACACGAUGCUUCGUCGUAAGGAAGGGGGAUUAGACCACGCGAGCAACACCUCCUCCUUACUCUUGACUUCGGGAGCUCUGUUGCACAGCAGUUGCGCGAGAGCUACUACGGUACGCACCAGCUUUGCGGGUCAACACACACCGCAACCAAAAUUACCAGCCAACCAAAUAUAUCCGUAGGAUAAAUAUGCGAACUCGUUAAUGGUUACGUAAGGCGAAAUUCUGCAAGUACGGAACCAUCGCGCGAACCCUUAAUUGGCGUGGGAUGCUGGUGAGCGAACCGUUCAACUUGUGAUUGCCCACAACGUUGUGGUGUGCUAAGAUGGAACAGUAAAAUAUCCUCGUUGUGUAGUCUAUACUACUAGAUAUAUACAGUUCG